UUCAUUUUUUUUCUCGUCAAUUUUCUCCAUUUUCUCACCAAACCAAAGACGUGAAAAAUUAUUUUUUUCCCGCUCCAUGUAGAUGGCAGUUAGUCUACAGCGACCUGGUCUUCUAUCUUCAAGCUCUUCAAAUCCAUGUCUGCCAAGGAUGUCUAUUGUAACUUUUAUAUCCUGCAAAAAGACGGUACACUUAGAAUACUUAUCAAAUUGCUGGAGCAAUCCUAGGAGCCAGUUGUGUAUAAGAUAUGGUUAUUUGGAAAAGAGCAAAAGUCGUCUUAGCAAGAAGAGGUCACAGAUGCUGGUCUUGGCAUCUGCUGAAGAUAGAGUGGCUAUCAAUGGAACUCCCCAGCCAAGAUCUAACAGUAAUUCUCGGGAGAUAAGGGCCAGUUUCACCGGAUCAGUAGAAAGCGAAAACAACUGUAAUGGGCUACUUCAGUCUUUGCACGAUGCCGCCAGAACUCUUGAGUUGGCUGUUAUAGAAAAGAUUUCUCCGUCCAGAUUUUCAUGGUUUUCUGUGACCUGGCUAGGUGCUGAUAAGAAUGCAUGGGUGAAGACCCUUUCCUAUCAGGCUUCUCUGUACUCUUUACUACAAGCAGUAAAUGAGAUUUCAUCUAGAGGAAUUUACAGAGACGAGGAUGUUAAUGUCUUUGUUCAAAGGAGCUUAUCACGCCAAGCUGCUCUUCUUGAGAAUAUGAUGCUAGAUAAUCUAUCUUCAAAACACCCUAAAGCCUAUGAAUGGUUUUGGUCCGAGCAAAUUCCUUCCAUAGUAACAUAUUUCGUGAAUUACAUAGAGGGGGACCAACGAUUUGUUGCUGCCACUUCUGUCUAUGCAAAAGGGAAGUCCACAGCUGCAAGUAAUGAGGUUGAGGUGUCACUUCUUAUGCUUGUGCUCAAUUGCAUUGCAGCAAUAAUGAAAGUUGGCCCGGCAAAAUUUUCCUGCCCACCCUUCUUCUCUAUGAUUCCAGAUACAACUGGAAGAUUGAUGGAAAAACUUGUAGACAUCGUACCACUUCCCCAAGCGUAUCAUUCAAUCAAAAGCAUAGGCCUACAAAGAGAAUUUCUUACUCAUUUUGGUCCUCGCGCAGCAGGGUGCAGAGUAAAUGGUGACAUUGCUACAGAUGAAGUUGUUUUCUGGGUCGAUCUCAUACAGAAGCAACUGCAGCGGGCUAUAGAUCGAGAGAAAAUAUGGUCAAAGUUAACGACAUCCGAAAGUAUAGAGGUUUUGGAGAGAGAUUUAGCAAUUUUUGGAUUCUUCAUUGCUUUAGGCAGGAGCACACAGUCUAUUUUAGCUGCAAAUGGUUUUGAUUCUUUGGAGAAUCCUUUGGAAGACCUUGUUAGGCAUCUUAUUGGGGGUAGCGUCCUAUACUAUCCUCAACUUUCAGCCAUCAGUUCAUACCAGCUGUAUGUCGAGGUUGUUUGCGAAGAACUAGAAUGGAUUCCUUUCUAUCCAAAUGAUACUGGCCCACAGCCUCCAAAACAAUCACAUGGGCAUAAAAGCAAACCAGAAGGGCCACCUAAUUAUGAAGUUAUUCCCGAACUAUUGGAUGUUUGCUCUUAUUGGCUGCAGAGCUUUAUUAAAUAUAGUAAAUGGCCAGAGAGUCCUUCUAAUGUCAAGGCAGCAAAAUUCUUAUCCAAGGGGCACAAGACUUUGUUUCAGUGUAAAGAAGAACUGGGGAUAUUAAAGAAUGCAUCAUCAAUUGUUAGAGAGUCAAACUCAUUUGACAAGGCCCUAGAAAGUGUAGAUGAAGCCCUCGUGAGACUGGAAAGCCUGCUACAGGAGUUGUAUGUGUCAAACUCAUCGUCUGGGAAGGAACAAAUAAAAGCCGCUUGCUCUGACCUAGAAAAAAUACGGAAGCUUAAGAAAGAGGCUGAAUUUCUGGAGGCAACUUUUAGAGCCAAAGCAGCUUCCUUGCAACAGGGAGGUGACAAAAAUGAUUCUCAGGAAUCCUACGUGGUACAAAAAAGGUAUUUUAAAGGAAAAGACACAAACAACGCAAUUAAUUCUGAGGAUCAAGGCAAAAGUAUGAGUCGUGGAUUCUGGGGGUUCUUUGUGAGGCCUCCAAGGAAGGAGCUUAAUCCUGAGUUAUCGGGAGAUGAAUAUGUUGGGAAAUCCAGUGGAAACUUACUUAGCAUAGAGUCAGAACCAAAUGAGAUCAGCCGAUUCGAAAUUCUAAGGAACGAGCUGAUAGAACUGGAAAAGCGGGUCAAAAGAAGCACUGAUAAGUCAGUAGAUGACGAGGAAAUAAUCUCUGAGGAUACUCAACGAAGCAGUAGAACGGAAAAUGUUCAGUUGGUUCAGACUCCUAAGAAGGAAAACUUAAUUGAGAAAACUCUUCAAAAGCUAAGAGAAACCACCACGGACGUGUGGCAAGGUACUCAACUUCUUGCCAUUGAUUCAGCAGCUGCUAUGCAGCUACUUAGGAGGUCUCUGAUUGGUGAUGAAUUAACAGGAAAAGAAAAGAAAGCCCUGCGCAGAACCAUGACUGACUUGGCAUCAGUUAUUCCCAUCGGUAUUCUAAUGCUUCUUCCUGUCACAGCGGUUGGUCACGCAGCCAUGCUGGCUGGAAUUCAGAGAUAUGUCCCAGGCCUGAUUCCUUCCACAUACGGGUCCGAAAGGUUGAACUUAUUGAGACAGCUUGAGAAAAUCAAGGAACUGCAGACAAAUGAAACUGAGACUGAAGAAGGCGUCGAGGAAAUAGCAGUAUGACUAGAAGGAAGCGAUAUAUACA